CUGCGCCCCGGGCGAAACGAGCUGCGCGCCGUGGUCGACGGCCAUGGGCGCCUGUGAGUCUUUCCUCUAUGGGAAGGAGCCGGAGACGGUGAAUGGUGCGAAUGGUCAAAUUACCAAGGGGAUGAGAGUGCAGACGCAGUACACCAUUGCAGAGGGUGGUGAUGGCCGUUGGUAUAUGGGAAAGGUCACAAGGCUGUAUGGCAACAAUCGCUGUCGAAUCUACUAUGAUGAUGGUGACACCUGGACUGGCAAUGCCAUGGAGGUCUAUUCGAUGCAGGGUCCACCACCCUCUGCCAGUGCUGGAGCUCCUGGUAUGCCACCAGUUGGAGGCGUUCCAAUGGGUAUGCCAAUGGGUGCUCCUGUGGUGCAAGCUAUGGUGGUGAGUCAGCCGGUGAAGCUACCGCCCAUCCCUAGCCCGACGCCUGCAGACAGCAACGAGAACACAUGUCCAGUCUGCCAAGUCAACAAGAUGGACAUGGUCUUGCAGUGCGGGCAUCGGCUAUGUGGGAACUGCACCAAAGACAUCGUGGAGAAACGCAACGGUCAGUGCCCUGUGUGCCGUGUGCAGAUUACUCAGGUCAUUCGAAGCUACAACUGACGGAAAGACGACGAAGCAUCGAUGUGGACCUGGGGUCAUAGCUAGGCAUGGCGAAAAGCAAUGAGAAAUGACCCACGGAUAGACCGUUGUGGCUUAAGAUCAAACCCCGUCAGAAAUCGAGAAAGCAGCGGUUUUUUCGGCGUCAAGCUGGGUGGUGGUGGAUUUUUUACCAAUGAAUCAGGUGUGAAGCUCUGUCCCUUUUGGAACACCAAGAAUCGAAUCAUGGGCAAAUGAUCUCCUGGUUAGCUGUGCAUCCCCAUUCCAGCCCAUGUUUUAUGGCAUUUUUAUGGAUGGCUAAAUCACCCAUUUUCAGGCCCAUAAUUGCGAGGAAAAGGUGCGAGUGAAACUAAGUGUUUCCAAGAUCUAGGGAACAGAACCACUGCAGCUGUGAAGAUUUUUGAUUGAUAACUGCAUAUGGGAUACUUUGUUUUGGUAAGGUUGAGAUUGAGCUUAUUGCCUCUAAGUCCAGAAUGAGCUUGUCUCAUACCCAACGGUUCGUGUGAAAGAUGUGAACCUGGCGGACAGUGUUCAGCGCUGCGCACCAAAGGUGCUGCGGCAUUGUUGAGAAUAGCAUGAAAAAAUAACACGCAGAAUCUGG